AUGCCAGGCUCGGAAUGGAUUCAGAUGCAGUCUCCUCCUCAGUUCUCGGAACACAAUCCAUACGCUUCUUCAUCGAGUCUGAAUAAACCUGCUUUUGGAGGGAAAUAUACCGAGGUUGCUGUCGAUGAGAAUUCGACACCGCCAUACCGAAAACAAAAUUUCAAGCAAAAAUACUUUGGUGGCGUCAAACGAACACUUCGUGCUUUCGCUGCCGUUGCCUGUAUUGUGCUAUUUGUUAACGUAUCGUGGCUGGGAUAUGCGAGGACUCAUUAUGGGAUCACGGAUGGAUUUGGUGUUAUUCAGCAGGGAGAUUGCGAUCAAGUGGGGAUGUUGAGUACAUGGUAUCACCUGUUGAUCAACAUACUCUCGACACUUCUUCUCACUGGAAGCAAGGCAUUCAUGGCGGUAUACUCGUGCCCAUCGAGGCAGGAGGUUGAUAAGGCUCAUCAGAGAGGACGAUAUCUGAAUGUUGGCGGCUUAAGCUUUGGAAAUUUAACAGGUAUAGCGAAGAGGAAGGGAUUGGUUCUGGUGUUGGCAAUGAGCUCAGUGCCAUUUCAUCUCCUGUACAACUCUCUCGUCUUCACUGCACUUGCUACGAAUCAAUACUACUGGUCUGUUGUCACGGACGAUUUCCUCACAGGGGCUUCUUUCAAUCUCACUGGACCAUGGCGAUUCAACGACUCGAUGCCAAUCUUCACUGCUUCUCCCCUGAACUCUUCUUUUGGCGAUGUCUUCGAGUUGGAUCUAGCUGGCCAGUUGAAUUACGAGACGGCCAUGGAUGACUACUGGACAGACAUGCAAAAGAACGCAUCGUCAUGGGAACGCCUCGAGAACAAGGAUUGCAUCCAGCAAUCCUCGAACGUCUUCAUAUCGGGAAGGAGGAAUGUUCUUCUUGUGUCCAGCACGAAGAAUGACACAAACUCCGUUCUUAUGUACAGCGACGCUGACAUUGACGGAUCUAUGGACGGAAACUGUUGGACAGUCUUCGACUAUCCGAUCGAAUACUGCUUGAGCCAACCUACUAAGGACAUCUGUUCAGUUAAUUUCAGCAUGACGACCAUGAUCGUUGUGUUGUCAUUCAAUGCGCUCAAAGUCGUGCUUAUGGUUUGGGUUCUAUUCAGAUUUGAUGCCGAAAAAAUCCUCACGAGCAUUGGAGAUGCUACAGCAUCAUUUCUUACCUUUGAAGACCCAACCACGAUGCAGAUGUGUCUAGCUGACAAGCGAAACAUUCGGACGCAUUGGCAGGCUAGAGGUUUCGAUGACAUUCUCAUUCUGCGUCGUAUUUUUCUUCGGUGUAUGGGGAAAGACCAAGGCAUAGACCUCACUGCUUCCGGACUUUGGAAACUGGGAUUCGGAGAACUGAAUCAAAAUGCCCUUGUGAUCUACGGGGCAGAAGCUGGGGACAAUCCAAUUGUCAUGGCGAUCGUUGCCAACAUACCUCAGAUCUUCCUCUUAAUGGUAUAUCUCAUGUACAUGGGCAUCAUGAGCUCCAUGUUUCUCGCUCAAGAUUGGAGCAGAUUCGCUUCCCAGGGGCAAACGUUAAUGGUCAGCACGCCAUCUGGAAAACAGCGGGGGCCGUGGCUUCUAGGAGCUCCGUUGACGUAG